UCAAAGAGUAAGUUUAAUCACAGAAGUGAGAAAAAUGCAGAAAGAAAGGAAGCCAAUCAAGCCAGACAAAAUAAUAAUACUUUAGCCAUUAAACAAAGUCAGGGACCUUCAUUUCUUCCCCAAGGACUAUCGAUAAUAUUCUCAGCUUAAUCUUUUGAACUGUUUUGCAGGUACAGAAAUCUCCACCAAGUGGAAGAAGGUAAUUGUAUGCUGCCUCCAAGCACGUAGACCCCAGACCGGUUGGAACCAGAAGGUUGAUGAUGCUGACUCCCAGUUACCUCACCACCCAACGUUCAGAGGAAUGUCCAGGAGCUGAUCAUGCCCUGUUGCUUUAACAUUUUUGUGAGCCUAAGAGCUAAAGAAAUUAACAACAACUACUGCAGGUGAGGUUGACAGCAAUGGGCCACCCUCACCUGUAUACUCCAGAGCGCUUUAAGGGUGCUUACGAAAGAGCUGGCCAGUACCGAAGAUUUCAGCAGCCCGGAAAGAGAAGCGGCUCCUUCCAAAGGAAAGAGAUUGAAAGAUGGCAUAGAGCUGUGUCUACCAACUUAGUAAAACAAAAUGUAUUGGUCCCUAAAGAGGAGUCAUCCAGUGAUAGUGACAUGGAAUUUCACAAGAGCCAGCAAAAUCAGAAGAAAAAUUUGGUGAGGAAAGUGAAGACUGUUUCGGGGAGGAUGCUGUCACACACGUACAGAAGCAAGCCAGCAAGUGUCAACGAAGAGGGUGCCCCUAACCACAAGGAAACCCUCCUUCCAAAUACGCAGAGCCUUCUUCCUAGAAUUGUCAAGGAGCUUCCACCACCCAAGUUAUUUACCAAACCAAGAAUGAGAAAGCUCUCCCAGAAUGCAACUAUACAACUUGACGUUGUUGAAGCAGAGACAGAGGCGAUAACCCAAAGAAAUACACUCCUCCGAGCCAGGAGAACCACCAAGCGUUUAUCUGUGGCAUCACUUCCUCCAGGAAUGCAAAAGGUUCCAUAUUCAUCAAAAAAGAGACCACACUUUCUGAUAUUUAAAAGAAAGAAGCACAGCAUGGAAAACAUUCUCCAGAAAUCAGAUUUGACAGUGGGAAAGCUUCAAAUGCAGGUGGAUGACCUCAUAGAAACAGUGACAGAUAAAUCCAUGAAGUUAUUGGCCCAAAGACAUGCUGAACUUCAACAGUGUGAGUUUCUAGGGGAUGAAAUUCUUCGGUCUUCGAAGCAGUUCCAGAGGAUGUCCAAGCGAACCAUGAGAAAGUAUAAAUUGAAAAAUAUAAAGAAGUGGAAACAUUGAAGGAUAUGCGGAGUAUUGCCAGCUUCCUUUCAUUCGAUUAUAACUGCAACAAGUCAUGACUUCAGAAGUAUGUUCCAAACAAGGAUUUUAGCUCCUACUCUGUCUUUCCAUUUACGUAUACCUGGGUAGAAUACAAGGGGCUAGCAUAACAGAAAGUGAACUUAAGUCAUUAUUGUUCAAGUAGACUGAUUGUGAACAUAAGAGAAUCUUAUCAUUUGCCCAGCAAAUCAAAGACCAAAAAGGUGAUCCAUAAUUAAUUAACAAGGUAUCCUACAAUUAAUUUCAAAUCUUAGACAAUGUAAAAUUAUACUUCUCACUCAUUUCAAAGGUAAAGAUCUAAUGAUUUAUAAUUCAGGAACUUUGUUUCUGCUCCACUAAGACCUCCAAGAUAAAUCAUGUAUCUCUUGUUAACUUUUCCUAUGAAAUGAUAUAUGGCAGCAUUUACUUAAAAGCCUCAUUAAUCUACCAAAACACUGAAAAUUUUUUUUAAUGAUUUUUCAGUUGAUAUUAGUUCUUAAAUAAGUUGGUAUAUCCUGCUCUAAAUUGGCCACUGCAACCUGACCACAUACACUUUAGACUGAAUUAAAAAACCAUCUUUUGUCUGUUUCUUCAUUUGCUAUUAUUUUCUCCCAAUCUGAGGGCUGUCUUUUCACCUUACUUAUAGUUUCCUUUGUAGUGCAAAAGCUUUUAAGUUUCAUUAGGUCCCAUUUGUUUAGUUUUGCUUUUAUUUCCAAUAUUCUGGGAGGUGGGUCAUAGAGGAUCUUGCUGUGAUUUAUGUCGGAGAGUGUUUUGCCUAUGUUCUCCUCUAGGAGUUUUAUAGUUUCUGGUCUUACAUUUAGAUCUUUAAUCCAUUUUGAGUUUAUUUUUGUGUGUGGUGUUAGAAAGUGUUCUAGUUUCAUUCUUUUACAAGUGGUUGACCAGUUUUCCCAGCACCACUUGUUAAAGAGGUUGUCUUUUUUCCAUUGUAUAUCCUUGCCUCCUUUGUCAAAGAUAAGGUGUCCAAAGGAUUAAUCUCAAAAAUAUACAAGCAACUCCUGAAGCUCAAUUCCAGAAAAAUAAAUGACCCAAUCAAAAAAUGGGCCAAAGAACUAAACAGACAUUUCUCCAAAGAAGACAUACAGAUGGCUAACAAACACAUGAAAAGAUGCUCAACAUCACUCAUUAUUAGAGAAAUGCAAAUCAAAACCACAAUGAGGUACCAUUACACGCCAGUCAGGAUGGCUGCUAUCCAAAAGUCUACAAGCAAUAAAUGCUGGAGAGGGUGUGGAGAAAAGGGAACCCUCUUACACUGUUGGUGGGAAUGCAAACU